CUUGGAUAGUUUAAACUCUCCAACAUGAAUAAACUUAUUUAGAAUGCCCUGGUAUUUUCCAUGGUCCGAAUCAAUAAAAAAGAGAGCAUGUCGUUAUCUAUUGCAGCAUUAUUUAGGGGAUUUCCUGAAAGAAAAGUUGGACUUAGAUCAAUUAACUGUUGAUUUAUAUAAUGGUAAAGGAACUGUCACUAACAUACUCCUAGAUGUUUGGGCUUUGAAUGAAAUGCUCUCUAAUGCUGGUGUAGCAUUGGAACUUGUUGAUGGUUUUAUUUCUAGCAUUUCAGUUUCAGUGCCAUGGAAAGCAUUAUUGAAUGAUAGUUGCGAGCUAGAAAUACAUGGCUUAAAUCUUACAUUUGUUCAAAAGCAAAAGAUGACUAGAGGUAACCUUUUUGACAGCACAUAUUCUUGGAGUUCAAUGAGUAUGACAACAAGUAUACAACUAGCUCAAGAAUGUUUAAGACAGGAGUCAAAUGCAAACAGCAAUGUUGAUACAGGACAAUUUGAAGGACUUGAAGCAUUCGCUCAAACUAUAGAAUCAGUACUUGCUCGUGUUCGGUUGACAUUUAUUGAUACCAAAAUUCGAUUUGAAAAUGUACCUGUAGAUGCAUCAACAGGUAUUGGAAUAGAAUUGAACAUUGAUCGUAUCGAUUAUUGGGACUUGUCUCACGAAGAAGUUGCACAAGAUACCUCCCGACAACAUAGUGUUUAUGAACCUGUUGCAGUAGCUAUUAAAAGUUUUCAAAUUGCUGGUCUUGUCAUGAUAAUGGAUGAAUUUCCAAAGCACUGUAGAACUAGGCUGCGCGAAGCGCUCACUGAAGAAGAGAAAAUUCAGCAAGAAAGUUUUUUGAGAGGAGGUUCUAACAGUAAUCCAGAUCUUCUUCCUAGAGUCAGAUUUUUAUCAUCUUGUGGUAAACAGACUGUAAAAAUGAAGUUCAAACAAAAUGAUGCACUUCCAGGACCCAAGGUAGAUAUUGAAUAUUCCUUAGCUGCCUUGAAUGUGUUUCUUUCACCAAGACAACUUCAUUUGUUAGUAAACGCUCUUUCGAGGAUGCCAGAAACUCUUGAUACAUCACGUUCAGAUCUUUAUCAAGAUCACAAUACACGGCGAAAUAAAAUGCGAACAAUGAAAUCAGCAGACUACUUGAAAGUUGAAGAGUCAUUGCAACAUCAGGUUGGAAGUAUGGAUUUCAGCCUGAAGAAUAAAGUAGAGCAAUUUAAACCAUCAAUAAAUCUGAGUUCCUUGUCUCAUAACUCUACACUUAGUGAGGAAGAGUUCUUUUCAAUGACAGAGUACCCUUUACCAGCGCUUGGACAACCAAGUCUCAUUGACCCAUUAAAGCAAAGCCCAUUUUAUAACAGAUUUGAUAGUACAUCUUCUCGUUUAAGUAAUGUGAGCUUGGGCGGUUUUAGUAGCUCAUCAAAAGGAACUCUGACAGAGCAAGCCAGUUCUUUAUUUCGUGCUACAAGUGGCAGUUCUUCUUCACCCUCACCAAAAUGUUCUGGUUUCCAUUCAUCUUCAAAUGUUGGGCUAGCUGGAAUCAGUUUAUUAGAUGAUUCUGUUGAUGUCACGCACAUUAAACUUAGAUCUAAUAAUAUCAUAUUUAUCCUUCUACACCAAGAUCCUCUCACAUAUCCACAACAUGGUGGAAGUAAUAGUUUAACAGAAAUGGUUGACAAAUUUUUCUCUCAAGUCCAGCAAUAUUCUAUGCAGAGCCUAUUUGGUUUAAAUGCUGAACAAAUUCGUGAAAGUUUAUUAACUAUCUGUUGUUCAGAUCAUUUAAGGUUUUUGGCAUCUGCAGUUUACUCAGACUCUGAGUAUAAAACAGUUAUAGGUUCCACUUCCUCUUCAACAAACAUAGUUAUUGGCAAAAUUGCAGUUGAUGAAAAUCUUUAUGGAAAUGAUAAUAAAAAUAACCGUUUUGUAAAGCCAUACAGUCAGAGUAAAAUUUUGCAUUUUAAAUACCAAGAAGAUUCCCCCCUUUAUUCUGGUCCCCCCUUAUACUCUGGUUCUCUCCUUGGAAAUCAGUCUCCAUGCUUUAAGUUGAAAAUAAACAGUGUGGUGAAAGCAAAUACAUUGGGAGUCCAGUCUCGUAACUCGUUUCCUCCAAAGUUUAGCAUUGAAGUUGAUGCUAGUGAAUUAAACAUAGAAAUUGAUUUAAGCAUGAGAGACAGGAUAAUUUCGUUAAUAUCUCCAGCACCACUAUAUAAAAUGAACAAUGCUUCACAUGACAAUGCUCCAUUCAUGUAUGCUUCUUUAGCAACUGGACAUUCAGCUAAUCAGCAAACUGCUUUUCGACAAGCAAUGGAUGAUAGUCCUGUUAUAACAGAUAAGAAGACAGAUAUAACUAUUAGAUGUCCCUUUCUAACAGCUGUAAUAAGAAUUCCUAUACCUGAUUUGCAGUCAAACAAUGAUAUUGAUAAAAGAACAUGGUGGAGAAAGACAGUGCACAAAGAAAGUCUACAAGUUCAAAUCUAUAAGGCUGAGUUUAAAACAUCAAUAUCCUCUAUGCUAUCAACUUUAUCUUAUGAACUCUUUUUUAAGUCAUGCAAAGGUUUAUUUGACUCUGGUGAGGAUUUAUAUCAUCUUUUUGAUAUUGAUUGCAACUCAGAAGAAGGAGAGACUGGAUCAAUGACUGUUGAUGUUCCAAGAAUUUUAGUUAAUUUGUCAUCAUCUGUUUUACAAUCUGUAUUUGAGGAAACUGAACAAGGAUCAAAAAGUUCUUCACCUGAUUCUUUUGAAGAUCAUUAUCCUUGGAUGAAAUCUGAACCAUCACCUUUCUCCAGUCAGCCGAAUAUGUACGAAAACAUUGAGAUGGUGACACCUGCUUCUAAAAAGGAAAUGAAUGCUUUUCAAGAAUUUGCAACUAAAAACUCAAAGUUUACUGUGAAUUGCUAUUUUCCAUUGUUGUCUGCUAACCUUCAUAAUCAUGAAAUCUUUGAACUGAUUUACAACAGGUUGUUUGGUGACCUGAUAAUGUGGCAACCGCUGGCACCAACCCAAGAAGAGUUUUAUUCUAAAAUGGGUAAUCCAUAUGAAGGUGUACACAUAAACCUUGCAAGUCAUAUUGGGCAAUUGAAUACUGGUGGUGAUAAGUUUUUUAUGUGCCGCUCAGCCAUUAGAGAUAUUUAUGAUUCUAAUUCUAUUGAUGCAAGCUUUAUAUCUGCAGAGUACAAUGAUUCUCCUCUACAAUCACUUAAGUGUCAUCAACAAACUAAUCUUUGUUUCUCCAUUCAUAUUGAUUCUGGAAAAAUUGCUUUUUUUCCACCCUUAAAAAGUGAUGUAGAUUCAUCUUUGAUUGGUUAUGGACACACAGUGUUAAAUAUACAAGAUGGACAUCUUUUUUUAGCUUCAGGCUAUAAAGGUCAACCUAAUAUGGAUUACAUGCAAAUUUAUGCUGAUGGUAUAAACUUGUAUCAUAACCCAACUGUUUGCUCAACACUUGAUACAUCAGUUAUCGAAGAUGCUGUUGCAACUAGUGGCUUAACAUUAGUUAUGAAUCCUUCAGAAAGUCAUGUUCGUGCUAAAUGUAAAGAACAAAGUUAUGAGCCAAUGUUGUUAUUAGCUUUAAAAUGUACCACUGAUACAAAUUUGAAAAAAAAGGAAAAUAUUGUUUCUUUGUCGUUUCAAAGUGGUACACUGAACUAUUGUAUAUUGCCUUCAUCUCAAAGCUGGUUUACUCAGAUAAUGGAUUUCUUGGAUGUGAGAGAUUUUGCCAUACAAGGAUACAAUCCCCCUCUUGUCAUUACUUUGUUCCAUUUAAAUUUAAAAAGUUGUGCUGUUGACUACAAACCUUUGUAUAUUCCCUUGCAAACAUUAUUCAUAUUUGAGUCCUUCAGUUUAUCAAGUAAUGUUGUACCUGGAUCAACUGCGUCUUUAUUGAGGUUUGUUAUGGAAGAUACAUCUUUUUAUAUUUGCAAUAAAGGAAUAGAUUCUGAAACAAAUGAAUAUGUUCUCCUUAUGGAUAUGGGGACAUUUGAGUUAUCACUAAAGCUCACCAAAGGAACUGACAAACGACUACCUAUUGUUGAUCUUGCAAUGUCAAAUAACAUGCUUAAUAUUCGCACAUGCUCUGAUUCCUGUUUGGAAUUAAUGAAGUUUAUUAAAUAUGUUGCAUCAGGCGGUGAUCUACAAAAAGAUGAUGAUGUUAUUAAGAACAAUGAUUGUGGCCCAGUAGAGGAUUUAGAUAUGCCUUCUCCGUCACCUUCUCCUUCUGAUACAUCGCAAAUUAAUUCUUUAUUGGCAGAUGCAAUAAGAGAUGCUACAUUAGCGGAUGCAAUGAGAGAUGAUACUAUGAUUGAUGCGCAUAAGCUCAAAAUUGAUUGUUUAUCUGAAGGAACGUUACUUGAUACUCGCAUAGAUGAAUCUACUGAUGAUGAUGGAGAUGAACCACAGAACUUUGAUGAAUAUUGCUUCUUGGAAAAUGAAGCUGCUUUCCAGACAUUUGAUGAUCAUGAACCAAUUUUGAAUCGACUAACUGAAAAAGUGGUUUUAGUUACAGAAAAUUUCUUUAAAGUACCAUUUGGUAGCUUUAAUCUUCUUGGAUCACCAGAUGAUUACCCUCCACCAGUUUAUAGAUACACAGUGAGAGAAAUGUCAAUUAUUUGGCAAAUGUAUGGAGGAAGCGACUUCAAAGUACCGAGUUUGAAAUUAAGUGAUAAAAGUAAAGGAGGAAGUGCAAAAUCCAAAGAAACCAACCAACCAGAUAAAAGUAAAACGAACAGAGUAAAAGGUGGUGUUGGAAGAGAUCUUGAUACUUUGAUGGAAAUCCAAAUGAACAAGGUUCGAUUUCAACAUGAAAUCUACCCUGAUGACACACAGCAGAUUUAUCGUGAUGUUCUUGUAAUCUAUGAUCUUGAAAUACGAGAUCGGCUGUUUUCUUCUCAAAUCAAUAAAUUCCUGUACAGGUUUUCAUCUGAAAGUUUGCCAAAACAAAGCAGCGCUAAUAUGAUUACAGUUAAGUUUCUUGUUACUAAGCCAGAAGAUAAUGCCCGUAGUGAAGAAGCAUCAUUAAGAGUUUCUCUUCAACCACUUCGAUUAAAUAUUGAUCAAGAUGCUUUAUUUUUUUUAAAAAACUUUUUUGCUGAAGUUUCUGGCAGUAAACCAUUAAAAUCAGGAUCUGAAUUUUCUAAUCAUCUAUCUUCUCCGCCUCGGGAGUCGUUCCUUUCUUCUUUAGAUUCAACAGUGCCAGUUUAUUCACAGAACUUUUUAAACAAUGCAGAAAAAUCUGAAAAACCAGCUUUGUUUAUAAAAUCAUUUAUUUUUUCCCCAGAAGUUCCCAUUAGAUUUGAUUAUCAUGGAAAACAUGUAGAUAUUGAACAGGGUACUUUGGCUGGUAUCAUCAUCGGCCUUUCACAACUAAAUUGCUCAGAAAUUCGUUUAAAACGAUUAUGCUCUCGAAGUGGUUUACUUGGACCAGAUAAACUUAUAAAUUAUAUGGUAACAGAAUGGAUGAAUGAUAUCAAACAAAAUCAACUGGGAAGUAUUUUAGGCGGAGUUGGCCCAACCUAUAGUUUUCUUCAGUUGUUUCAAGGAAUCAAGGAUUUAUUUUGGAUGCCAGUUCAACAAUACCGACAAGAUGGAAGAAUUGUGCGUGGUCUUCAAAGAGGUGCUCAUUCUUUUAGCACUUCCACAGCAAUGGCAGUUUUGGAGUUAUCUAACAGAUUAGUUAGCACAAUUCAAAGUGUUGCAGAGUUAACCUUUGACAUGGUAAGUCCAGGACCAUCUCAUACUUCUAGUUUACAGCUAAAGAAUAGCAGUCAAAUGGUUCAACCAGCUGAAUUGCGAGAAGGAAUGGCUAAUGCUUAUAUGGUUUUAUCAGAAGGAUUAUCACAGACUGCUUCAAAUUUAGUUCGUGUGGCCACUGAUGAGCAUGAUAAGAAAGGCAUGUCAGGUGCUGUUGGUGGGGUUUUACGACAAAUUCCUCCAACAUUGGUCAAACCUCUGAUACUAUCAGCUGAAGCAACUUCAAAUGUUCUUGGAGGUGCUAUGAAUCAAUUAGCGCCUGAUAAACACAGAGAAGCUCUUGAGAAGUGGAGACAAGAUUACUACUAAUGUUUAUAGAACUCGUUGACAACUUUUAGCAAUGAUAUAAAUUACAAAUUUUAUAAUUUUUGGUUAAAAAAAUUGAUUGGACAGAAAUUUAUUCCAUUUAAAAUGAAUUCUUAUAUUUUUUAAGUUAACAAUUAUAAGUUAAAAUGUACAUAGUUUUUUUCUAAAUCUGUAUUAUUCUUUUGUUAUUAUUAUUCAACAGAAAAUAAUAUUUAAAAUAUAUUUUUUAGUUUCUUUUUUUCUUUUUUUUUACUAAUGUUAGUAAUUUGGUCUGAAAAUUUUUAUCUCAAUGUGAUUUAUUACAUUAGCUUUCUUGAUUAGAUUUAUGAUAUUAACUUGCAAUUUGUAAAAAAAAUUAUUUAUUUGAAUUAAACAAUUUUGUGUCUUUUA